AAAAGAAAAAAGGCAUAGCAAUUACUUCUAUAUAUAGAAUGAAGCAUCUUCUUCUUUGAUUAUAUUGUUUAAGUUGAUCUGAGUUCCCUUUCUCUUUGCUCUUGGCUACAGCUAGCGAUAAUGGUGAUGACAAGUGAAGCUAAAGAAAUUCCUGCAACUUUUGACAGAAAAAGUGAAUUGGAGGCGUUUGAUGAAGCGAAGGCGGGAGUGAAGGGGCUUGUGGAUUCUGGGAUUACAAAAAUCCCACCAAUAUUCAUUCAUCAUCAUCUUCAAGAUCAGAUGGAUGGGAAAUCAUCAACUCCAUGUAUGAUUCCAAGCAUAAGCUUAGAGGGGAUGGAGGAACACAGUUUUCGUCGAGACGAAAUCAUCAAGGAAAUCAAAGAAGCCUGUGAAACCUGGGGAUUUUUUCAGGCAAUCAAUCAUGGAAUUCCCACAGGACUUAUUGAUGAGAUGAUUGAUGGGGUGUGCAGAUUUCAUGAGCAAGAUACAGAGGUCAAGAAACAGUUUUACUCACGAGAUAUGACCAAACCGUUUGUAUACAACACGAAUUUUGACUUUUACACUGCACCAUCUACAAACUGGAGAGACACUAUGUACUGUACUAUGGCUCCUGAUCCUCCAAAACCUGAAGAAUUGCCACAAGUUUGCAGGGAUGUUUUGAUGGAAUACUCAAAGUAUGUAAGGAGACUGGGGCUAAGUCUACUAGAGUUAAUGUCUGAAGCAUUGGGGCUCCCCAAAAACCACCUACAAAAAAUGGGUUGUGGAGAGGGGCUUUUCCUAGUUGGCCAUUACUAUCCUGCUUGCCCUCAACCUCAACUCACAUUUGCAACUAGCAGCCAUUCUGACAGUGGCUUCAUUACUCUACUGAUUCAGGACCAAAUCGGUGGUCUUCAAGUCCUCCAUGAAAACCAGUGGGUUGAUAUCCCUCCACUACCCGGCGCUGUGGUGGUGAACAUUGGUGAUUUGCUACAGCUAAUCACAAAUGACAAGUUCAAAAGUUCCCAGCACAGAGUGCUGGCACAGAAGAUAGGACCCAGGACUUCAUUGGCAAGUAUUUUUAGGACACAUUUUGGAGAAGCAAAUGCAUCAAAAGUAUAUGGUCCAUUGAAAGAGUUAUUGUCAGAUAAGAAUCCAGCAAUCUAUAAAGAGGUCACUGUGAAGGAGUAUGUUACACAUUACUACAAGAAAGGGUUGGAUGGUACCUCAGGUUUGUUACAUUUUAAGCUGGAUGGUCAAAAUGUUUAAUCAUUAACGCUGGACUAUAGCGUUGGAUUUUAU